UCCUAACUUAGAAUGAAGAGAGCAGACAACACGUACGGAGACGGUCAGAACCCGGACCUGUACUUCAUCAGCACGGGCGGCCAGACCCGGGCCAGCCGGGGCUUCUCCGUGUCGGCUGAGUGGAUCUCCAUGCCGUCUGUUGCCUACAGGUUCGCCCUCUGCACGACUGUCCGGGAUUUUGACGGUGUGUGGUUCCAGUGCACCCAUGAUGUCCCCGACGGUACCUGGUUUCACUUCGUGUUCACCUGGAACAAACAGACUAUGCUCAAGGUUUACAUUGGCGGGAGUCUGAGUGGACAAACUAGGGGUCUUCUUUCCAGUGGAUCUGGCAAACUUUGGUACAGCAACCUGACACUGGGGAGACCAAACAACUUACAGAACAGCCACCACGCCUCUGCAGCUUACAGCAACCUGAAAAUUUUUGAGCGAGAACUCAGUGCUGUGGAGGUGUCCGCUUUGUACAACAGUGAACGGUGA